GCGCUCACAGCACUCGGUGACAUCCUGCCAAACAUGGCUACGAAGCCAUGCAAUGCUGGUGCCCUGACAUUUAAGCACUUAUUUUUGCACGGGCGCUCUGGGAUGCCAGCAGGAGCUGCAGGACACAAAUAGCAGCAGGGCUGCGCGCUGCCAGAGGACCCAAGGGAGAGGAGUGGAUUUAGCAGCAGCUCCUGCCCUGUUGCUGCAGGACACCCGGUGGGGACUCAUCUGGCUCUGAGUUGGCACGGCUGCCCUUGUGCUGUCCAAGUCCCCGAGGCAUGGGAGCCAAGGAACUCAAGACCCGCUUGGGGAUCCUGCUGCAUAAACCGGAGCUGAGACACGGCAGCGGGGCAGCAGGCAAGCUGCAGCUGGGCUCCAGGCGGAGAGACUCCUCACGAGAAGUGCUUGAGUGGAGGGAAUCCUUUGACCAGCUCCUCAAGAGUAAAAAUGGGGUGACUGCCUUCCACACCUUUCUGAAGACUGAGUUCAGCGAGGAGAACCUGGACUUCUGGCUGGCCUGCGAGGACUUCAAGAAGACCCGCUCCAAAACCAAGCUGGCCUCCAAAGCCAACAGGAUCUUUGAGGAGUUUGUCCAAAGCGAGGCACCCAGAGAGGUUAACAUUGACCACGAAACCAGGGAGAUCACCAGGAAGAACCUCACAGGAGCCACCUCCGCUUGCUUCAACGAGGCUCAGGCAAAGACCCGCACCCUGAUGGAGAAGGACUCCUACCCCCGCUUCCUGAAGUCAGCUUCCUACCAGGACAUGACCAAGCAGGCUGCCAGCCGCAGCAUCAACAAGCGCUUGCACACCUGACCCAUGCCCAGCACCAAACCCGCUCCGGAUGGGCACCGAGGGCCUGGUGGUGGAGUUUUGGCUGAAAUCCCAGCCUUCCAGCAGGACGCCCAGGACCUUCAGUGCUCCCACUGAGGCUGCCCUACGGAGAGGCCUUCCCACCCCACUGCCGGUGGUCCCGUUGUAGGGCUGCACAGGAUUGAAGCCAUCCGUGUUUCAGCAAGAAGAGCGGUGGGCCAGGGAGCAGCAUGGCCUUAGCAAUGACUUUUCUAUCCUUUCCUUAAACUUUGUGGCCUGCAGGCUGCACCUGAACUUAGGUCACAGGCAUUUUUGUUAUUGUUAUUAUUUAUUUUGUGGCUAUUGUUAUGAUAUAUUUAUGAGAAGAGCACUGCUCAAAGCAUGCACACAUCCCUUGCUUGGAGGAGCUUGUAAAUUAAUUUAUUUUAGGUAUUGCAGCACUUAGCAUGCCUCCCACAGCUUCUGUAUAAUAACUGCAAGAGAGAAAAAUAGCUUUGUAAUGCAUCUGUGGAGCAAGGUACACAAAUAGCAGCAGGGAAAGCUGCACCGAACUGGGUCUGAGGUUCCUGGGAGCAUGGAGGACCAUUGAUGGCCAUAAAAGGAUGCUUUGCAGUUCAUGCCAUUUCCCUUUUUUUGCCCUUAAAUAGAGCUCUGUGGCCGGCACCUCGGCACGUGGGCUAGCAGCUUGUUCUAGGCAGAGAAUAGCAGAGCAGAAGGGCACUUUGAGUGUUGAAAACUUAUUUUUAAAUCACUUAGGAGGUAAAAGCUGUGUUUACAGUUUGGUUUACAGUUGGGUCUGGUGUUGCCCUGGCCAGUCUGCAGCUGAGGAACCCCAAGGACCAGUUUAAGGAUGUUUCUCUGAGUCCUCUUCCCGCUUCUACCUCUGAGUCUGGUGGGUCCCAGCUGCAUUCAUGGGGCUAUUUGAGCUGUUUUGUUAUUUAUUAUUUACCUUUACAACUGGAACCACCUUCGUUGUGUUACUGAAGUGAACGGCAUACAGAGGUCCAUUUUUGCCACAAACAUGAUGUCAUGGUUACAAAAUAAAACACAAAGAGGGCAAUGC